CGAAUUUGAAAAUAAUAAACCCUAUCGGCUGGAAGUUAAGGUGAGUCAUUGGACGGGGGCACCUGUUUUGGAUCGUAAAUCCCCAGUUACCAUGGUACAUGGCAAUAAUUCUUAUGAAGCAUUUUUGGAUGAAAAUGGUGUUGCAACAUUUGAGUUUGAACAUGAUUCAAAUGCCAAUCAUAUAUUUCAAUUUAAAGAUACAAAAUUAGACUUCUCGAAUAUUUUCACCAGUCAGAAUUUAAUGUUGAACAAUAGGGAAUUCUAUUGUCGCCUAAAGUAGGUGGAUGAAAAACUAAAACUCGGCAAACCUGUACUCAUUGAGGUUAGUUCUAUUCUCGAUAUUCCUUAUCUGAAGUACACAGUAAUGGGUCAUGCUAGCAUUAUACUUACGGAACAUAUUAAAGUACCACCCAAUAAAAAGUCUCAUAUUAUAAGCAUUACACCGUCAAUUGAAAUGAUACCCGAAUCUUUUAUCUACGUGUACUACGUUCACAAAGGUAAUUUACGUUAUGGUGAAAUGCGUUUUACAUUCCCUAAAGAAUUCGAAAAUCAGAUCUCCCUGUCAGCUCCCGAACAAGUAAAACCGGGCAAAGAAGUUACUAUUUCUAUAAGUGCCCAACCCAAGUCUUAUGUUAGUAUAUUGGCCGUGGACUUGGGUGUUUAUUUAUUGGAUAAAACAUAUGAUUUAAAUAGGGUAGAGAUAUUGGACGAACUUAUUGAGGAACGAUCAUAUGCUCCUAUAGCAGCUACCGUAUAUCCCGGUAUAGUAACGGGACUUUUGACCCUAACUAAUGCUCACUAUCCAUUUAAAAAUCAUAGUGGUGUUUCUGGUUCCGAGGCUUUUCGACCAUUUGCUUAUAAUUUUCGCCAAAAGUUUCCUGAAACCUGGAUAUUUGACAAUUUCUUAAUCAACGAAACUAUAACCGAAUUAACUCUACCAAUACCUGAUACCAUAACGACAUGGCGUCUAACGGCAUUUUCAAAUAAUAAAGUAACAGGAUUUGGCAUAGUUAAUGGGCCCACCGAUAUCACCACCAUACAAUCCGUUUUUAUAGCAUUAAAUCUACCGUACUCAGUGAAACGUGGUGAAAUUGUAACAAUUCCCGUAACAAUAUUUAACUAUUCCAAUCAAACCUUGGAAAUGGAAGUUGUUCUACAUAAUUUCGAUCAAGAAUUUGAUUUUAUGGAAUCUAAUAAGCAAGGCAUAGAAAACUCUACUGAUAAUAGGCAACAAAUUAAAAGCAUAAGUAUUCCGCAGGACAAAGCCGAAACGGUUAACUUUCUUAUAUAUCCCUUAAAAGCAGUUGAGCUUAAUUUGAUUGUUAGUGCAAUAAGUAAACAGAGUGCCUUUUACUCGGAUGUUGUUUUACAGAGACUUAAAGUGGAACCGGAAGGUGUGCCCCAACAAACCAGUCAGUCUUUAUAUUUGAGUAUACCGGCUGGAGAAAAGAUAUCUUCAACAUUACGAAUUCAAGAGCCUGAUAAUAGAGUACCCGAUUCUGAUUAUAUUAGCUUUUCUGUGGGUGGUCAUUAUUUAGUGCCAACAGUAGAGCAUUUCGAGGAACUACUACAAAUGCCCACUGGUUCUGGUGACCAGAAUAUGGUAAAUUUUGCACCGAAAGUUUUGAUUCUGCAAUAUCUUAAAGCAAAUGAUAAAUUAACUAAAGAGAAAGAUUUGGUUGAAAAUUUACUUUUAUCCAUUGAGGUAAGCUACCAGCAGCAGCUAUCCUUUCGUCAUGAUAAUGGUGGUUAUAGCGUUUUUGGCAAGGCAACCGAUGAGGAGCCCAGUACUUGGCUUACCGCCUAUGUGGUGCGUUAUUUUAUUAAAGCCUCACAGUUUUUAUCCAUUGAGGUAAAAAUAAUUGAAACUGCUUUGGAGUAUUUGGCCAGUCAGCAAAAAUCAAAUGGUGAAUUUCUUUACACGGGUUACCUAUUAAAUACGAAUCAUGACAAUCCCUAUGGACUUACAGCUUUUAUUCUAUUGGCAUUUUUGGAGAGUGAGCAAUAUGCCAGCCCAUAUCAACAACUCAUAGAGAAUGGACUAAACUUUUUAAAUUCCAACUUAAAUAAUAUCACAGAUGUCUAUGCAUUAUCGUUAGUGGCUACUGCUCUAACAAGUGCUAAACAGCCAAAUGCCAAUUCCAUAAUAAAUCAAUUAACUUCACAGGUUAUAGAUGAAAACGGCUUGAAAUGGUGGUCAGUUAAUGAUCAAAAUUUAGCCAGUGAUAUAGAAAUUACAGCAUGUUCUGCUAUAGCUCUGCUUGAUACACCGGGAGAUCAUACUUCAAUUUUAAAAUGGUUAAUUGAACAACGUAAUAAAAAUGGUGGUUUCAAGUCCUCUUCCGAUACUGUAGUAGGCAUGGAAGCUUUGGUGAAAUUUUCACAAAUAUAUAAAAAUCUGGAAAACGUUAAGUUGAAUAUAUCCUACAGUGCCAAAGAUUUGCAAGGUAUUGAAGUGGCAAAUCGUAAAUUCUAUAUAAAUACGAACAAUAUUUUAGAUUUGCAAAAACAUGAGCUACCAAGAAACACACGUCAAGUUACCUUUGAAAUAACGGGCAAUGGGGCCUCUUUAGUACAACUUGAUCAUCAGUUUAACAUAGCAAAUGAGCGGGAUUCUAUUCAUUUCGAUAUCAAACCGAAAUUUGUGUUCAAUAAUACCGAAGAAAUUACUUUGCAAGUUUGUUUUACAUAUCAAAAGGACUCGGAAUCAGUUAACCAAAUCAGUAAUAUGGUGAUAAUGGAAGCAAAUUUACCCUCCGGUUUUAGAUUUGAGGAAGAGAGUAGAAUGUCUUUAACGCAAAACAAACUUAUACAAAAAAUUGAAUUUAAAAAUUCCGAAACAACGAUAAUUUUAUAUUUGGAUAAAUUGGAAGGGAAUAGUAAUCAUUGUCUAGAGAUGCCAGCCGAUAAAACAAAUGAGGUUUUAAUGUUAAAACCGGCUGCCAUUAAAAUGUACGACUAUUACAACUUGAGUCGUUCAAAUAUAAAAUUUUAUAGCAUAUAAGUGAAAUUUAUUUAAA